AGUGGAACCUGCACCGGAAGCGUCCCCACAGAGGAGGUCUGCAGACAGACUGUCUGCGCUCUGUGUUGAUGCAGAUGAGGCACCCUCACUUCACUCACAUACGAACUGACCUGCUCCUGUUAGUGAAUAAAUAAUGAACCGUCAGAGUAAUGUUCCUUUCAACACUUCAGCAGCAGCUAUAGGAGCUGCUCCAGUCGGCCUGUUCAAUCAACAGCAAACUGGAAGAACACCCCAAGACUACAGAGAGGGUAUGAUACACAUCCCCGUGAAGACAGCAAACUCAAACAUCAGGACAUCUGACAUGGCUGCAAAGAAACUAUCAGCUCAGAGAGGUGCAGCUCAAUCUUCUGCUGGUAAAUGGAAGUCUUCAUUCAAACCAAUAGGUGAUGAACUAAGUCAAGAUGGCAAUUCUCAGGACAAAAGCACAAACUGUUUAGAAAGGACUGAGCUUUAUGACCCUUAUGAUCCCGUCUCAUCAGACUCUGACCCUUAUGAUCCCGUCUCAUCAGACUCUGAGAUCUCAUCAGACUCCGACAUGCCACGACGGGGCCCAAAUCACAACCACUCCCUACCUGACCAGGAUAACAACCUGUCACGACAGUGUGUGUCUCCAGGUAGAGGUUGUCGUGAAAACCGCUGCUGGGAUUCGUCCCUCUCUGAACCAGGGAGCCGACCCCUUGACAGACAUGACUUUAACCCUGAAACCAGACUCGCUGAGAGUCGAGGUCUCAGUCCAGGUCAUAGACCACCUGAAAGACGGGCUUACAGUCCAGACAUUGAAUCACUUGACCGGCCUGGGUAUGGCUCCAUCAGUAGACCUCUGGACCACAGAAGUUGCAGCCCUGACCGGCUUAUUCACAGCUCCUCUACCCAUCAGUUUCCUGCUUCUUAUGGAGGACAGAGGACUAACGGAGAAGCGAGGAUAACAAUGCCAGAAUACAAGAGAGAGGUAUCACCAAUGGCCACUACUGUUAGAUUAUCCCCACCCAGGUCAGAGCGGGGCUAUCAACAUCAGCUGGGACAUGUGGGAACGGGACUGGAGCAAAUCACACCUUCCAAAGAGGUGACAAAGAAUAGGAGCAGAAGUAUGAUCAUGGACAAUCCUAUCACCUGUGACCUUUGUGAGGUUGAGUUUGCCAAUGGGCAGGAGCUGGAAGAUCACUUGGACAGCAGGAGUCACUGGGAUACACUGGAGCAUAUCCAGCAGCAGAAUAACUAUGAUGACCUGGCUAUAGCCUUCUUACAGGAAGUCAUGCUGUAUAAAAGCCGUCAGUGUAGCCGAGCCAUAGAGGACAGUGCACUUCAAGCUCUGCAGGAAAAUGACCACAUGACAAAGGUUGAAAUGUUCCACUGUGCUUCCUGCCAAGUCUUCAUAUCCACAUCUGCAUCCUCAGUGCAGAGUCAUAUUACCUCUCAGGAACACCUCUCCAACACAAAGGAGUUUGAAGUGCGGCAGAGACGUGCCUGCCUUGACAAAGCAGAAACCAUGAUGACAGAGUUGAAACCUCAGUUUGAACACUUUCUAAAGGUUGGCAGCCCAUUUGUAUGACUGAAACCAUCUGUGUCCCCAGACUGCAGUUUACAUUGUGGUGCUGUUUGCUUCAGAUCAACAACAAUGGACUUUAGGACAACAGCUCACUUUGAAUCACAACCACAGAAACCCCUGUGGCACCACACAUUGCUAAGCGUGCACACUGUUAAUGUGCCAUUGAAGAGUCAUCAGAAUACAUGUAGGCAUCCUCACAGGUUUAUGCACACAACAUGGAUUUUUUGUAUACUGGUUCAUACUGCACCUGGUUUGUCAUUUCACAUUUUGUCAAUUUAACAUUAGCUACAGUACUCCCAGGUCAUCAUCUUUGUCACCUUAAAAAGUCAGUUUGUUUUUUAAAUUUACAGAUCCAAUGUUUUGUGAACAAAUGAUUGGAAGAAGUCUUGUUUCUUUGCUUUUUUAUUUAGAACAACACAAAUGUUUUAAGCAUUGUAUCUGUGUGAUAUAGUACAUUUAAAAUUAAAUUAUUUCAAAACA